AUGCCUCCUAUUAUUAUUGGCGUGGCCGAUAUCCGUAAUCGGUCAGUAAAAGUCGAAGAUGCUAAAGAGCCGGCUACUUUAAUGCUCGAGGCCAUCCAAGGGGCGAUCAACGACGCAACCAGCUCAGCCGAGACUGCGCAAGUUCUUCAAAAUAGCAUUGAUAGUAUCAGUGUUGUUCGUACAUGGACUUGGCCUUAUCGUGAUUUGCCAGGCCUCUUGUCUCAAGAACUGGGUGUGAACCCGCAACACCGAUUGUACAGUGACCAUGGGGGUAACCAGCCGGCGAAGCUACUUGAUGAAGCAGCUAUGAGGAUUGAGAAGGGAGAGACAAAGGUUGCAGUUCUUACUGGUGGUGAAGCGUUGGCCUCUUUGGCCGCAUGUGUUAAAAAUGGCAAGAUGCCACCUCCAGGGUGGUCAGCUCCGGCAGAGAAUGUGACUGAUGUAUUCUCUCCUACCACAAGAGGGCUCAGAAAAGAUAUUGCAGGACUGCAUGCUGUGGGGUCACCAAUCCACGUCUAUCCACUGUACGAAAACGGAUUCCGAGCGCAUCGCAAACAGACAAUUCAAGCCAAUCACCGAGAGUCAGCAGAGCUAUACGCCUACUUUAGUCAAAUCGCGUCGCGAAAUCAAUAUGCGUGGAAUUACGGCACGGAACCUGAAACUGCGGAUUCUAUCGGAACUGUAUCCAAAAAGAACCGCAUGAUUUGCUUUCCAUAUCCGCUUUUGAUGAAUGCAUUCAAUACUGUCAACUUGUCAUCAGCUUGCAUCUUGACCUCAACUGAAUAUGCCACACAACUUGGAAUUUCAAGCGACAGGUGGAUAUAUCCUCUUGGUGGUGCCGGGUUUAGCGAACGUGAUAAUUUUUGGGACCGUCCCAACUUCUUCGAGAGUUCCGCAAUCUCGAAGUCGCUCGAUAUUUGUCUUGAAAGAAGCCAUCUAGCUUUGGAUGAUAUAGACCUCUAUGAUCUUUAUUCAUGCUUCCCUAUUGUGCCCAAACUCGCAUGCCAUCACCUCGGUCUUUCUAUUAUAGAGCCCCAGAAGCCGCUUUCUCUAUUAGGAGGUCUGACAUCUUUUGGCGGAGCUGGGAAUAAUUAUUCUAUGCAUGCCAUCACUGAAAUGACCCGUCAAUUACGUGACAGGAGCAGCCGCAACGGACUAAUUCUUGCAAAUGGUGGUAUUUUAUCAUAUCAGCAUGCAGUCUGUCUUUCUUCCCAAGCCCCCCAGAAAGGAAGACUUUAUCCAGAUAACAGAUCAUUGAGUCUGUUGAAUGUAGACAUGACACCCUCAGUUGACUUUGAGGCAGAAGGAAAAGCAAUCAUUGAGACAUACACAAUUGAAUUCACCCGGGAUGGAAACCCCUUGAGGGCUUACAUUGUAGGCCGGAUUGCUGAUACUAACCACCGAUUUUUGGCGAAUGAGAGCGACCAAGCUACCCUGUUGCGUUUGUCUUCAAUGGAAGAAGAGCCAAUUGGAAAGACCGGCUUCGUAUCCCCAGACCCCGAGGGUGAAAGGGGCCAGAGGAGAAAUCUGUUUUCGUUAGACAGCAGCUCCAAACUUUAG